AUGAAAUUCGGCCAUGGUCGCAUCACCAAAAUCACGUCGUUAAUGACGGGGAAAGGCGAAAGCCCCACCCGAGUUUUGGUGACGGAGGGACCUUCCACUGCUCUAAAAGAAUCUUCGUUGGGCUUUACAUCGCAAGAUACCACAGAAGCAUCCAUUACAUCCCUCUGGGAAGAAUCACUCCUAGAACCAGCAGAAGAAGAUCGCUCUCCUUUUGACGACAACGACAGUUGCCAAGACGAUUUUAUCGAUCCCUAUCUACGAAAGCAAACCCGACGACGAGUCAAAGUCCAAAAGAAUGAAUAUUGCUCCUCCAAGAGGCCAAUGAGAAGUAGCAAUCGUGAAAACAACUUUGACCCCACAUGUAUUGACGUUGACGUUGACAGCGACACGGAAACCGAAUACUCCUUCACCAACCAAGUCAUUUCUUUUGUUGCUGGCAGUGAAUAUUCACAAGAACAAUAUAACGACGAAGACGACGACCUGCAAUCCUCUCUACCCUCCGAAUCCACGUCACCCUUUGACGAACCUUGCAGGCGACCCAUUGAACCUGAGGCUCCCAAGAAGACAACAUCUACAACCAACAAAACAACCACAUUCAAGAGUCUAGGAACCUUCGAUUUUCCAAUCACUGAAACAACCACUUCCACAGCAGAACCAACUACUGGUACCAAAACAGUUAACGGCAUCAGCAAGAGUCUAGGAAGUGGGUGUUUUGAAAUCCCACCCAAACCAGAAGAAUCUGCAUCACCAUCCUCCACUGCCAAAGCAGAAGGUUUUUCCUUUACAACUCCAUUGUCAGCCAUUGGCAAGAGCAUUCUGGCCAUUGGUUCACUGGCUAUUCUUCCCAAAGCCCUUCAGUUUGAUUUGAUUACGCAACAACCUCCCACACCCCUCAGUCAAACCGAACCAUCCAAUCAAGAAACUCCACAAAUGACACAACGACAAGCCAAAGCCGAACGAGAAUGUGCCCGGUGGAAGGAUAUUUGUCAAACAGCCGUACAGGUUCACGGCAAGCAUUCGGUCAAGACGGCCGAAGCACUCUUGCAGUUGGGACAUGCCUACAUGCACGCUGGGGAAUAUGCCCAAGCCGUCGUCACAUUCCAAUCCGCCUGUCGCAUUUGGAAUCGACGCAUGGAAUAUCGGGAGGAUCGAUUGGCGUUUGCUCGCGUCGUGGAUUCCAUUGGCAUGGCGUGGACCCGCGUCACGCAAGAUGAAGACGUGGAUCAUUGUCACAAGGCCAUGGCGGCGCUGGAAGAAGCCUUUCAAAUACGAUAUGAACUGCUGGGUCCGUGGCAUCCAGACUGUGUGGAAACACUCAAUAAGAUUGCCUCGGUACACUUGCAUUUGCGAGAAUACAGUGAAGCCUGCAAUGCUUAUUUUGAAGUCUUUCAUGUCCGAAAGGCGAUUUUUGGAGCCAAUCAUCCUUCUGUGGCGAUUGCGGCCCACGCCUUGGGCAAUGUAUUGGUCAAACUUGCCUCCACGGAAGAGGCGUCUAGAUUCUUUGACAUUGCCGUCGACAUUUACGAUCGAAUGAACCUACCCAUCAAACAUCCGGCCGUGACAAGGUUGAUGCGUGAUCAGAAGAGGCUGGAUCGGCUUUCCCUAACCCGACUUCCCAUGCAACCGCUUUCAACACACCGAUAA